CCCGGACCAGGCUCGGUUGAGUCGUUGGAUUGAGGAGGGUCGCGGCCGCGAUGGUCUGACAGAUGAAAUAACGAAAAAAAGGAAGAAGGCGGGCGUCUUCCCACACAAAACAAUGUUCCCCAAAGGCAAAGGCACCCCGGUGCCGUCGGACAGCCAAGCGCGAGAAAAGUUGGCUCUGUACGUGUAUGAGUAUUUGUUACACAUAGGAGCACAGAAGUCUGCACAGACCUUUUUAUCAGAGAUCCGAUGGGAGAAAAACAUAACACUCGGAGAACCCCCUGGCUUCCUACAUUCCUGGUGGUGUGUUUUCUGGGACUUGUAUUGUGCUGCACCAGAGAGGAGAGAGACAUGUGACCACUCCAGCGAAGCGAAGGCCUUCCACGAUUAUAGUGCAGCAGCAGCCCCCAGCCCUGUGAUGGGAGGGAUGCCUCCUGGUGAGGGCAUGCCAGGAGGACCAAUGCCACCCGGUUUUUUCCAAGGUCCUCCUGGUCCCCAGGGUUCUCCUCACCCUCAGCCUCCUCCCCCUAACAGUAUGAUGGGACCUCACAGUCAGCCCUUCAUGUCACCUCGCUUUGCUGGAGGCCCAAGAGGUCCCCCCAUGAGGAUGGCCAACCAGCCACCCGGCGGAGGACCAGGUCCUCAUCCUAUGCUGCCCAACAUGGACCCAACACGACCACAAGGUCAUCCUAACCUGGGACCAAUGCAGAGAAUGAGUGGCCCUAGAGGUAUGGGGCCCAUGGGACCUGGUCCUCAGAACUUUGGUGGUGGCAUGAGGCCUCCACACAACACCAUGGGUCCUGGAAUGCCAGGAGUGAACAUGGGUCCAGGGACAGGCCGACAAUGGCCCAACCCCAACAAUGCCAACCCUAUGCCUUACUCAUCACCCUCUCCUGGUGCAUACGGGGGGGCAUCCGGAGGAGGCGGUCCUCCAGGAACUCCCAUCAUGCCCAGCCCUGCAGACUCCAACAACUCUGGUGACAAUUUGUACACUAUGAUCAACACUGGACCUGGCAAUCGAAAUAAUUUCUCUAUGGGCCCCGGCUCAGAUGGGCCACUGGGGGCCAUGGCUGGGAUGGAACCACACCACAUGAAUGGAUCACUAGGCUCUGGUGAUAUGGAUGGAAUGAACAAGAACUCUCCAAACAAUUUAAGUGGCAUUAGCAAUCCUCCUGGGACGCCAAGGGAUGACGGGGAGCUGAGUGGAAACUUCCUCCACUCCUUCCAGAGUGAGAACUACUCUCCAACCAUGACGAUGAGUGUGUGACCCUGCCCCCACAUCUUUCCUCUCCUCCACCCCGACCCAGCAUUAUUUGCCAUCAUUCCAAGGAUCUGAACUCACAACAGAACAUGGCCAAACUCAUCAGCGCCAAAUCAGGGACAGGCGCCAUUUUGGUUCCACACUAAUGCCAGAAUGCUGAUUGGAGAGAAAUCUUACUCAAAAUGAAGGACUAUUUCUCCAUUUAUUACCAUCACGUGACAAAACCAGCUACUGAAAUGCAUUUACGACACGUUUUAUGUUAUUUCCAGACCCCUCCGUCCCCUUGUCCCUCUUGAAUCCCAUCAACCUCCUGAGCGAACAGGGAAAAAAAAUGGUUGAAGUUUACCUCUUGUACAUUUAAUGAUCGCUUUGUGGUGCAAGAUGUGCAGGAAUUAUCCACUUUUGUCAUUUAAACACUGGAGAGUGUGUAUAUGCAUUGUGAGCUUGGAAAGUCUUUGUCUUGUUGUUUUUACUUUGUUGCCAUGCAUUCUGUCUCAAAAUGUCGAUGGACAUCGGACUCAGAAUUUGCCUUUUAAACUCAUCGAUGUAUCAUUCUUCCCAAACCCAUCCUUCUUUUCAAAGAGAUUUUUUUUAGAACAUGUUUGAGAAUUAUGGCUUUUAUUGUGACGACCUUUCGGGCCA